AUGGGCAAAGGUGAUGGCCGGGUGCCUCCCGAGAGCCCUGGAUUACAAGCUCCACCGGCGGACCUCGCGGGCUGGAGGCCUGACAGCGGGACCAACGUCGACCGGGACGCCGACGUCCUGGAACGCCGCCCCGGGCAGCGCGCCCGAAACGCUGCCGUCAGCCCAGAGGAGCUCCGGCGCCGUAUAAAAGCGGACGCCAGGGGGCGCCCGAGCAGCCUCAGUGCGAUCGCCCCCCCCCACCCCGCCCCGCGCGACUCAACCCGGGUCCGAGGAUGCUUCUCCCGGCGCUGCCUCGGCUGUCCCUGGCGCUCCUCCUGGCGUGCGCGCCCGCCGCCCGCGCGCCCCCCCGCCUGCCCGGACCCCGAGCCGCAGUUCACCGUGAGCCACACCUACCGCCUGGACGUGCCCGACGGGGCGCUGCUGCAGGUGGACGCGGACCCCGCGGGCGCCGAGCGGAGCCUGGAGCAGAGCCUGGAGCAGAACCCGGAGCAGAACCUGGAGCAGAACCUGGAGCAGAACCUGGUCUUCCGGCACCACAUCCGCCUGCAGGCGCCCCAGGACUGCGCGCUGGCCGACGCGCUGCGGGCGCUGCUGGACCGCGUGGACAGGCUGGAGGCGGACCUGGGCCGGCUGCGGGAGCGCUGCGGGUCCUGCUGCGCGCGCGCGGGCGCAGGGGUGCUGGUCGAGAGCGCCCCCUAUCCCAGCCCCACAUGCAGUGACCACGGCACCUUCUCCCGGGACACAUGCAGCUGCCACUGUGAGGAGGGCUGGGUGGGCCCCGACUGUGCUACCCCUGCCACCGCCGCCUGCCCUGAGAACUGCAGCGAUCACGGCGAGUGCGUUCAGGGCGUGUGUGUCUGCCACCCUGACUACACGUCCGAGGACUGCAGCGAACUGCGCUGCCCCGCUGACUGCAGCGGCCACGGCUUCUGUGACACGGGCGAGUGUUACUGCGAGGAGGGCUUCACCGGCCACGACUGUGCACAGGCGGUGGCCCCGCAGGGUCUGCACCUCCUCAGGAGCACCCAGGACUCGCUGCUGGUGGGCUGGGAGCCCAGCGGCCAGGCGGACCACCAUGUCCUCAGCUACCACCCGCUGGGCCGCGAGCUGUCGGGGAGGCAGGUCCGGGUGCCCAAGGAGCGGCACACGUACGAGAUCCCUGGGCUGCUCCCCGGCACCGAGUACGUCGUCACCCUGCGCAGCGUGAGGAAGGACGUGGCCAGCCGCCCGCAGGCCCUGCAAGCCAGCACAGAUCUCGCCCUGCAGGGCACGGCCUGGGUGACCGAGGAGACGGAGCACUCCCUGGACGUGGAGUGGGAGAACCCGCCCACGCAGAUAGACUACUACAAGCUGCAUUACCGCCCCCUGGACGGCCAGGAGGUGGCCGAGGUCACUGUGCCCAAAAGCAACGAACCCAAGACCCGCUAUGACAUCACCGGUCUGCAGCCUGGGACUGACUAUCAGAUCACAGUGGUCCCCGUGCGAGGGGACCAGGAGGGCACCCCGAUCGUCCUCAGUGGCCGCACAGAGCUCGACAGCCCCGCCCACGUGGUCACAGAGCGGGUGACCGAGGACACGGCGCUGGUCUCCUGGGCCCCCGUGCAGGCAGUCGUCGACAAGUACGUGGUCCGGUACACGUCGGCGGCGGGGGACAGCACGGACGUGGCGGUGGGCAGUGAGCAGAGCAGCACCCUGCUGACGGGCCUGGAGCCGGGCCAGGCCUACACGGUGCUCGUCUGGGCCGAGCGGGGCGACCAGGAGAGCAAGAAGGCUGAUACACAGGCGCUCACAGACCUCGACAGUCCCCAAAACCUGGUGACCAAGCAGGUGACCGAGACCACGGCCACCGUGUCCUGGGACCCCGUGCGGGCGCCCAUCGACAGGUACAUGGUGCGUGUCACCUCGCCCGACGGGGACAGCCGGGACGUGGCCGUGGGGAAGGAGCAGACCAGCACGGUGCUGACGGGGCUGCGGCCGGGCGUGGAGUACACGGUGCUCGUGUGGGCCGAGAAGGGCGCCCGGGGGAGCCGCAAGGCCGACACCAAGGCCCCGACAGACCUCGACAGUCCCCAAAACCUGGUGACCAAGCAGGUGACCGAGACCACGGCCACCGUGUCCUGGGACCCCGUGCGGGCGCCCAUCGACAGGUACAUGGUGCGUGUCACCUCGCCCGACGGGGACAGCCGGGACGUGGCCGUGGGGAAGGAGCAGACCAGCACGGUGCUGACGGGGCUGCGGCCGGGCGUGGAGUACACGGUGCUCGUGUGGGCCGAGAAGGGCGCCCGGGGGAGCCGCAAGGCCGACACCAAGGCCCCGACAGACCUCGACAGUCCCCAAAACCUGGUGACCAAGCAGGUGACCGAGACCACGGCCACCGUGUCCUGGGACCCCGUGCGGGCGCCCAUCGACAGGUACAUGGUGCGUGUCACCUCGCCCGACGGGGACAGCCGGGACGUGGCCGUGGGGAAGGAGCAGACCAGCACGGUGCUGACGGGGCUGCGGCCGGGCGUGGAGUACACGGUGCUCGUGUGGGCCGAGAAGGGCGCCCGGGGGAGCCGCAAGGCCGACACCAAGGCCCCGACAGGCAUCGACCCUCCCAAAAACCUUCGUCCGUCUGCAGUGACGCAGUCCGGUGGGGUGUUGACCUGGGCACCGCCUGACGCCGUGAUCGACGGCUACAUCCUGACCUACCGGUUCCCGGAUGGCACUGCCAAGGAGGUGACCCUCGGGCCAGAGGAGCAGAGCUUCGAGCUGCAGGGCCUGGAGCAGGGGGCGACCCACCCCGUGUCCCUGGUCGCCUUCCGGGGGGAGCGUCACAGCACCAGCACGUCCACGGCCCUGGCCACAGUGGGCGUCCGUUUCCCGCACCCCGCGGACUGCAGCCAGGUCCAGCAGAACGGCAAUGCCGCGAGCGGCCUCUAUACCAUCUUCCUGCACGGCACGGCCGGCCAGCCCCUGCAGGUCUACUGCGACAUGGACACAGAUGGAGGCGGCUGGAUCGUCUUCCAGAGACGGAACACGGGCCAGCUGGACUUCUUCAAGCGCUGGCGGACCUAUGUGGAGGGCUUUGGGGACCCCACGAAGGAGUUCUGGCUGGGACUGGGCAAGCUGCACAACCUCACCAGCGGCACCCCCACCCGCUAUGAAGUCCGAGUAGACCUGCACACGGCCAACGAGUCCGCCUACGCCGUGUACGACUCCUUCCAGGUGGCCUCGGCCAAGGAGCGCUACAGACUCUCCGUGGGCAAGUACCGGGGAACUGCCGGGGACGCACUCACCUACCACAACGGAUGGAAGUUCACCACCUUCGACCGCGACAACGACAUCGCCCUCAGCAACUGCGCCCUCACGCACCACGGCGGCUGGUGGUACAAGAACUGCCACUUGGCCAACCCCAACGGCAGAUACGGCGAGACCAAGCACAGUGAGGGGGUGAACUGGGAACCGUGGAAAGGACACGAAUUCUCCAUUCCCCACGUGGAGUUGAAACUCCGCCCUCACGGCCACAGCAGGGGACAGUAGCAUCAGUGACAGG